GACGCGGCGUAUCCAUCUCUCCUCAGUCGACGUCAAGCCGUCGCGACGCGUGCGUCUUCUCUUUUGUUGGUUUUGCGAACCUCACGAGACUCGCGUGUCUCGCACAGCGUGACUAGUCUUGUCCGUGUUCGCCCACCUGUUCGCUCCAGUAAGUCGAUCGCGAGUAUCAUGACAACGAAUGUUAUGUUCCGUGUAAUAAUCGGCGACUCGUCGCUUGGUGCACGUGCGUCAUCCUUGUUGUCGUAGCUCCGUUACCUUGUGUUUCCGUGUUUCACCAAGGAUACCUGAGAUUUCGAGGGGUUCUCGCGAGUGACCUGACAACCUCGCGGUCCAGGAUCUGCCACGCGAUCAUCGCGACGCGUGUGUCGUGUUUCGAGCACCGUAAUCUCGUGAUAGGUGGUUUGCUGGCCGGCUAAACUGGAACAGUGUGCUUGCUACUGAUACGUUGCAAUAGAAGAAGAAACAAACGGUGUGAGGAAGAAUCUGUUGCAAUCGUGUUGGAAAUCAGUGAACCAAUCUCUCGGUGAUAAUUAGUGCGAAACACUCCUUGGAUUAUGACUGUUGGGUAGAUGACACUUGGCAUUCCGUCGUCGUAGGGUCGACGCAGCUUUCCAUCUCCAUGAUACGCUUUCUGCUCGUCAAGAAAAUCAUCAUGACUCGAUCGAAGGACACGUAAGAAUAAUCUAGUCGAUCAAUUAGUUCGCUUAACGCCGUAACUAAUAUCACGGUAUAUCGGCGAACGUACAUGAACCUAUGUAACUUGUGAACACCGGGCAGGGAGGAACGAAAGAAAGAAAGAGAAAAGGAAAAAAGGAAAAGAAGAGGAAGAAAGUGGAAGACGAAAAGAGGAAAAGCCGCGAGAUACUAAAGCGUAGUAAAGUCGCGGUAGCAGCUGUGUCGCGGUGAAAGUACGAAAGAAAGUCGAGCGUAAAUGCUCGUAGGGGCGCUUAAGCGAGUUUACACGCGGGCAAGCGUACCGUGAGCCGGCUCGAAACGUUAGAAACGCUCGAACGUGAAAACGCGGCCGUGCGCUUGUGAGGGAUGCGGCCCAUGGGCGAAGGGUGGGGUCUUUGGGCACCGAUAAGGCUUAUCCGAAGAUACGAUGGCCGGCUGCUCGGCUCUUGUCGUCAGUCGUAGUGCUCAGGUGGAGUCGACAAGAGCGCCGUUCGCUUUAAUUCACGCCGAUAUCGUGAGUUCGCGUCUCUUCUACGUACGAGUAUCAUCGCUGCUAUCGUAUCCGGUUGACCGACCUCCAGUUGAAUUAGACGCAGCCACGGAAACGCCAGAGGACCUCGACCAGGUGGCGGAGGGUGCUUGAGAACGACGACAACCUUGAAGUAGACCAAGAGGAAUCAGCCAAUCGAGGGUCCGCGUGGUCGAUAGCUGGGAUUAUUCGACAGCUUCGUAUCGAACGUUAAACGUCGCCAAAGUUACGCCAAAAGUCUACAGUAGUAACAUUGAACAGAUUUCCCUAGAGACAGAUUGGUGUCUGUAUCAGUGCAACCGUAUCUCGUGAACAGUGUAUGCUUUCUGUGUCUAAUAUUCAAAAAAAAAGAAAAGAAAAAAAAGAAAUAAUUCGUGACCGUACGAUUGAUGAUUCGGUGAAAUUGUUCGAAUAAAGAAAAAGGAGAGUAGAAAGACGAAAAGUGUGUUUUCUUGAUGAAAGUUCCGUUUGUAUAUCCAUAAUCCGUUGGUUGAUUCGCACGUGUGUAGUAGUUAGUGUUUGAGGGUUGAUACCUUCAAACCGGAAACGUCGAGUAAUCCUGUCUUCCUCAAGGAUAAACGAGGCUGAGGGAGGGAGGCACCGAGAACCGGUCGCAAGGAGGAUUCCUAUGAAAAUGCUUCAAUCUUUGAAUGCUCUGGCGGGUAAGAUCUCGCCGGGCUCGCCAACCGACAGCAACGCAAACAAAGUGCACAUGCACAACAACAACAACAACAACAACAACGUCGUGCAUCAUCAUCAUCAUCCGUACUCGAAGCAACAGGCGCAGCAGCCGUCGCCGUCGUCGCAGUCGAGCAACGGCGACCAAAAGGAAAACACCAUAAUGAACAACAAUGGCGUAGAGCAACCAGACCCCGACAACAUAAAAAUGUUCGUAGGUCAGGUACCUCACGACAUGGACGAAAACGAUCUGAGGAAGUUGUUCGAGGAGUUCGGUCGGGUGCACCAGAUAAAUAUCUUGCGGGACAAGAUCACCGGAAGUCAUAGAGGAUGUUGCUUCGUAACAUUUUAUACGAGAAAGGCCGCUUUGGACGCCCAGAAUGCUUUGCACAACGUAAAAACCUUCAGCGGGAUGCGCCAUCCGAUCCAGAUGAAACCUGCGGACAGCGAAAACAGAAACGAACGUAAACUGUUUGUUGGCAUGCUGUCGAAGAAGUUCAGCGAAAACGAUGUUAGGAACAUGUUUAGCAUUUAUGGAACCAUCGAAGAAUGUUCGGUGCUGAGAGACAGCACCGGAAAAAGUAAAGCCUGUGCCUUCGUUACCUUCGCUAGUAAACAAUACGCUAUCAACGCCAUUAAAGCUCUUCAUCAUUCACAAACGAUGGAGGGAUGUUCGUCGCCGCUGGUUGUGAAAUUUGCAGACACGCAGAAGGAAAAAGAUCAGAAGAGGAUGCAACAGCUCCAGACGAAUCUUUGGAAUAUAGCAGGAGUCAACAUGGCGCCGCAUUACCUGACUAACGACACGCCUGCUUUGGCGCCAGCCUCGUUGCAACUGUUGCAACAACUUCAGGCGACAACGAGCGCGGCGACUCCGGUCGCGGCAGGUGCUGGUGCAAGCGCGUUGUCGAGCGUACAGCAUCAAUUGUUACUGCAACAACACCUUGGCCUCGGCGCGGCGACUCCUGCGCAUGCGGCUGCCCCCGCCGUACCAAGCCCGCCAGAAAUUAACCCUGCGAACCUCCAAGGCCUGGCGACGCUCGCGUCCUUGAGCAAUACCGCCGGUGAGUAUGCGAAUGCAGGAGUAUCACCGAUGAGUAUGCAGAACCUGGUCACCCUGGCAGCCAUGACAGGCGGAAACGGCAACCUUCAGGUGUCGCCAAACACGUUAAGCGGACUGGCGAAUUCGACAGCAGGUAUGUCGCUAUCUGUCCUUCUUGGAAAGACCGGAAAUACAGGGUCUACCGGAGGUAGUCUCAGUCCUGUGACGUCCCUAGCGCUCAAUUCCCUUACGGGUACACCUCUAAAUGGAUUGCAGGACUCUUUGAGCAACGCUUACUCCAGCUUACAACAGUAUGCAGCUCUCAUUGGAAAGACGACGGUGACCGUGGAAAAGAAAGAAUUACAUAGGUUCCCCGCGUUCACGGCAGCGGCAGCCGCAGCUGCGGCUGCGGCCCAAAAGGCAAAAUUCACCAGCACGGACAAGCAGAUAGAGGGUCCUGAAGGAUGCAAUCUGUUUAUCUACCAUCUACCGCAGGAGUUCAGCGAUACUGACUUGGUUUCAACAUUUCUGCCAUUUGGGAACGUCAUCUCGGCAAAAGUCUUCAUCGAUAAGCAAACGCAACUGAGCAAGUGUUUUGGCUUCGUGUCGUACGACAACGCGGCAAGCGCGCAAGCAGCGAUCCAAGCGAUGAAUGGCUUCCAAAUCGGCAUGAAACGGCUGAAGGUCCAACUUAAACGAUCCAAGGACGCAUCGAAACCCUACUAGCCGACGUCGUCCACCGUUUGUAGCAGGUGGCCUGUGACGUUGUGACCGUGUUCUCGAUCGGAGUCGCCGUGCCAUGUCUCAGUCAGUCGAAUCGGUCAAUCGUUCGAUCGAUCAGUCAAUCGAUUAGUCAAUCGAUUAGUCGAUCAGUCACGAUUCCUUGGUCAACCUCUUGAUCAGUCAUUCUGUGUCUGUCGGUACCUGUAUACACCUGUCCACUCUCGCUCCUCUACAAGAAGCGGCAGCCCGCUCUACUUCCCACAUAUACACCAUUGUAUUAUCAUACGAUGCUUCCUACUCUUUUUCCCUACACGACCGCCCUGGAAGAAAAGCAAAACAACACCUCCUCCAACGAAUCCAUCCACCUAUGCGUGCACCGUUUCCAUCUACGGUCACCACUGCUUGGUCAGUACGACAUUUAACCGGGAAUAGCAGCACAAUGGCAGCACAGUGAUUGUCAAUUGUGGCGAGUUACAAUCUGUGAACGCGCUGAUCCGUGAUAAAUAAAAAAACUGAUACAAAGAGAGAAAGAAAGAGAAGAGUCCUCAACGAUCAUCGGCCAGCUUUUAAAAACUCUGGACCAGGUCGGUGCGAAAUUAGUCGAGGUGCGGAAACGGAAACGAGGAAUCGUCGUGGGAAAAAUAAACGCUCGAUCGCGUGUUACAAAAAUUCGAGAGAGACCAGGGAAACGACGAUAUAUCAUCGUUCAGAAUCGAACUAGCAUGUAAAGAGUAGCUAAGCGGAAGCCGGAGCACUACCGAUCGAUCACUAUGUUUUUAUGUUCCUUGGGCUAAGCUGUAACACACCGCUACAUUAUCUUUCUGUUUCUCUGUAUGUGUGUAUAUAUUUAAUUAUAUUUUUCACAAAACCAGUUUAUAAUUACUUAUAGUAAAUGCCAUAACAUAUGUAUCUUUUGGCGAUGUAACAACCUCACUAGUGAGUAACAUUGCUCUUACUACAUCGCCACUUUGUGCGUAAUUAGGGAUAACAGUGAUUCUAACAAAUAUUUCAACAAGGUUUAGUUGUAUAGGUAGACUCUACCUUAAUCCAAUCUACCAACUAUACCUUGGGUUUUGGUGGUGCACAUUUUGAUACCAUUGCCACGAUAGCUGUAGUCAAACUGCACGAGUCAACGUUGCGAUCCAAAACAAUUUUACUGAACGAGUCAAUUACAUAUUAUCCGUUAUUUUUACAAUUUUACAAUGCAGGAUCAAAUAAAAGCUUGAGUUUUUAUGGAUUAAACAAAUUCACAGUAAACGGAUGCACGCAGUAAUCAGUGACCACUUUAGAUCCCUUUAUUCCGAAAAAUCUAUUGCGACCAUCGCUUGACAUGUUCAACCAAAUACGUAUUCUGAUAGAAAUUUGAUCGGUUCUUUUUCCAUAUUAAAUAGGACUUGCUUAAUCGUUUUGAUAUUGAUUCCUUAAUUUAAAAAAAUCGGUUGUACCUUUCAUCUUAUUAUCGUUUUAGUUUCGUUCGAAACUGCAAUGGAAACACCGCUUGGCUACUCUUUAUUUUGUAUAAUACUGUCAUAGUUCGGCAACGCUUUGUACGUGGCGACAACUCUGAAGUGUAACACACGCUACUUUAUCUCUUUGUUUCUCUGUAUGUGUGUGUAUAUAUAUAUAUUACAUAGCAUAUGCAAAUGUAUGCAACCCAUAUAUCUGUGCAUGUGUAUGUACGAAAAUGUGCGUAUGCGCGCGCGCGAGCCAUGCGAUCUAAAGCUGAUACGAAGGUACUGUAGAAAGAAAAAAUAGGGUAUAGUUACCACGAUCUUUCAGUCGCUUAAUUUACGAGCGAUUCGAAAUAAACGAGUGAUGGAAGGAAAACAGACAAGAAUCAAUUUUAGAUCGCAAAGAAUUCUCCGUGGACCUCUAGCGUAAGAAAUAUUUGCGUACAAUCACUAACUAGCCGUUAAAAAAAUAAAAAAGGAAAACAGGAAACGGGACAAAAGCAAGAAUGCUCGUUCUGUGAGACGGAACUUGUAUACCUUAUUGUAUAAUACGAAAAAUACUACCGCGCCCGAGUUCGCUCUUCGAUUGAGAAUCGAUUUUAUCGGCUCACUUUCGGCAUCGCUGUCAGCAUCGCGAAGCGCCUGUUUAUAUGUAGAUAAAAACGCGCACUGGUGACUAUAGUGCUGACUCUAGUGACUCUAACUGAAUAAAUAAUAGAGAAAAUAACGUAUGUAGGAAAUGGGAAAACCAUUGAAGAAAAGAAUAAUAGAACGAGAUGAAUGCAAGCAAAAUGUGCUAGAACGAAAAAAUAAAAAAGAUACCAUGGUCCGAGCGAAAUGGGCAGAGUCCGAUUUACUGUUGUAAAUUAAAAAUAAUAUAAUGGUGUAAAGAUUACCAAAAAAAGAACCAAAAACAAAAAAAAGACAAAACUGGAACAGAGGAGACAAAACGAAGUGUAGGGAAAAACGAAAUACAUAAGUAGCAUUUUUUAAUGACUUUGUGAUAACGUUAUACCGUAUAUAGGAUUGGACUAGGGUCGCUUUUUAACGUAUGUAUGUAUAAUAGAAAUAAGCGUGGUAUGAGAAACUUAAUGAUGCAAAGAUUUUGAAGUGAAAGAAAAUCAUAAGAAAGGAAAGAAACGCGAAACAAACGAAAUUGUUCAUCAGGUGACACUUCACUAGCGUGCACGCGAUCAUUCUAAUUUUCCUUCUUUCUUUCUUUCUUUCUUUCUUUCUUUCUUUCUUUCUUUCUUUCUCUCCCCUCUUCAUCACUCGUACCAAGGAGGUACUUACGAUUCACGUUUUUAAUUAUGAUCUCCAGUACAUAUGUUCGAGUUUGUAGACAAAAUACGUACUGACGGGUAAAAGAAAAAAUUGUACGUGUGAGUACACAAUGAGAAGAAAACGGAAGAAAAUUGGGAACAUUCGAAAAAUGGUUUACUAUUGUUGACAUGGUGAUCACAUGUUGGAAAGUCAUGUGAUUGUAUACGAAUUAAUCUUGAGUCAGUAACCAUUUUUGUUACGUUAAAUGCGACAAAUAUAAAUAAUUUUACGAAGUACGUAACAGGAAAUCAUUGUACAUUGUUAACUUUGUCUCUUGUCUGUAUAGUGUUUAAGUUUUUAAAAACGACGUAGAAUGCGGGUCAGGAUAUAUUCUGUUAAGAAUUUAGAAGUUUUAAUUGAUCCUUAAUGGUUCAGAAUUUCUAUACGAGAGCACUUACGUCGUUACUGAUGCAAGAUUAACUCAACGGCGUCACUGUAAGGUACUUAAUUUCAUUGUAAACCUAGAGAAGCAUACGAUUCCUGCAUAGAAAAACAUGAAAAAGAGAGAAACAGGAUCUCGAAGAGUCCGAAAAUGAUAGCUGGUAUUUUUUUACGGUAAAGCUAAUCCAGUCUGCGUGUUCCUUAAAUUUUUCUUAUUGUCAGUUCAACGAAGACUUUACAUAGCGUCGCUACAUCUGCAGUGUCACUAUAUUAUUUAAAUAUCAAGAAAAAUGAAUCGUGGCUCGCUAAUAAAACAUCGCAAGCUCUUCCUCUAAACGAAAAGAAAAUAUUGAAAAUCGUAAAGGGAAGAGAACGAUGUAGCAAAAGCUUCGUCUUCGACUUGAACUAGAUCCGAUCGCUUGUUUUACACGAAAUGAUCGUGAAUUUCAUAAAUUGAGCCGUAUCAACAAGACAAAUUUCGUUGCAAAGUAUAAUCAAAUUAUUUUUUAUAUCGAAUCACUUAUUGACUUGUGCACGAGGGAAAAAGUUGAUGAUGGAUUCUAGGAUCGACGAGUAAUUAGAAUCACAGAGACUAAUAAAUAACAUAGUUGAAUCGCCUGGAUUUGUCUUGUGGAUAUGAUUUAAAAAAUCUAUCUAUCGUUAUAUACAUCGAAGAACGAAAAACAGCUGAAGUGCAUAAGCGAUCAUGGCUGACUCUCUUUCUGUUGCUCAUUUCCACGAAUCGUCCAUUCGUCAUUUCCCCUAUCCUUUUAUUAUUAAAGGAUCCGUUGAAAUUUUCAAUUUAUAGCUAUAAUCGAUUAGAGAAUCUGAUUUCUUAGAAAAUUCUCUUUUUAAGUAUAAUAAUUUAAGCGUCAUCCGACGACACUAAUACACGAUUUACACGCACGCGUCAAACCAAAUGAACGGAGCAACGAACAUUUACUUUUUGCAUAUUUGCAGAGAAGAGUAAAGUAAUAUGUAAGAUGAUUCAUUAAAAACAGAUCGGAAACAGAAUAGAGUGGAAAUGAAAACAACUUUUAUUCAAAGUAUGUAAGAUAAUUAGAGAUCGAAUCCAUAAUGAAACCACAUCUCGUCACAGUCUUUUCUAUUUCAUUCGGUAUCCAUUGACAUCUUUGUGAGCAAAAUUUCAGCUGUUUAUCUGAGGUAUGACGAUACCUACCUAUAUGUACAUAUACAGUAUAAAUCAAUCCGCCCAAAUACCGUUUCAAAAGCUUGGUUCAUCCAUAAUCUCGUCGAACAUUAUGGUUAUUACAUACGUAGAACCAUAUGCUUCUCUAUCGUCUCGGACGAUAUGCUUCCACCGAUUCACGAUCACAUGUUCCUCUUCAUCAAAUUGAACCUAAAAAUAUUUCGGAGCAUCGAAGUCAGCUAUGGAGCCAUCUUCCAUAAGUUAUCAAAUCGAAAAUUCGUAAUAAUGUCCGCAGACUCGUGUCUUAUCAGUCACUCCAUGUUUAUUUAACAUUGAUUAUAUUUUAUCCUGCGCUUUUAAUUUAUUUAUCCAUAAACAGUCAUUCUCCUACUCGUUUGUACGAUACUUUCGACCGUAUCUUGCACGAUUUUUGAUGGAUCAUCUCAUAUUGAUGGUAACGUAGGUGUUCGUUGCGUCAUAUUCCGUGCCAAUUACCAAAGACGUCUCUUUAAUUAAUCGAUGUACUUACGCACCGUGUUAACAACUAACUCUUCCUCUUUCACACACAAGCACGUUCAGCCGAUAUACAUAAAUAUAUAACAAUUAAUUAAUUGUUUACGUGGAGUUACACGUUUUCUUAAGUUUUUUGUACACGUGAAUACAAAUGGAGCCUAGUCAGAAGUAACAUUAUGAAUUAAUAUAGCAUCAUAUUUUUCUUUCUUUUUUUUUUUUUAUAUUUCAUUCAUUUACCAAAUUCUCUUCAGCACGUAUGUUGAUUUCGUUGUUAAACAAAAAAUGAAGGAAAAAGGUUGGGAAAAACAGUGCUGCUACGUUGAUCACCAUUAGUACGAUUAUACUUAUUAUUAUUGCUAUACCCCACUUUACCAAUUAUUAUCGUUGUCCUCAUUAUUAUUACAAUUGUUACUAUUAGUUGAAUCAUUACAAUUUACCCCUAUUACUCUGUUGGUAGAUUAUUAAUGUUAAUUGCGACGUAAUUAUUACUAUAGAUACGAUUCUUGGUGGUAUCGUUAUUGUAAAACUUUAUUCUUAUCAUUAUUAUUACUUUUAUAUGUUAUUAUUAUUUAUAGGAAUGGUGUUUAGAUUAUUAUUAUUAUUAUUUUAUUAUUAUUAUUAUUAUUAUUAUUAUUAUUAUUAUUAUUAUUAUUAUUAUUAUUAUUAUUAUUCGUAGAAGCUUUGUUUGUUAGAUGAAAAUUGUGACGCUAAGCGAAUUACUUCGAUCAUGGUGCAAUAAAAAACUUUUGGAUCGAUUUUUACGAAAGCUUCGCAAGAAAAUGAAACGAACAAGGAUCACUCGUUAAACGUACUUAAUAAAUCGUCGUACUUGUCGAUUGUAGAAAUCUACAUAUUUAUUUUUUAAUGUCAGUUUUUUGUAUAUUUUGUAUGAUUUAUUUUUUUUAAUGAAUUUCAGCAUGUCCAGUGAAUAUCAGAGAUAUAUAAAUUUAUACGAGCUACUCAAGAACCAAACUGGUCCAUCUUCUGAAAAAUUCUUAAUUUUAAUAAUAGAAUAUAUAAUUAGUGUCUAAUUUUUUAAAAACCAAAUGAUUACCUCCGAAGUCGAUAAAUUUGGUUAUUGUGUGGCUCGUGUAUAAAUUCAAAAUAAAGUGUAUGAUCCUAUUUCGUUUCGCAUUAUCGUAACUACCAUUGCUGUCAAUAGCGCUGCAAUUGGUUAAUUACUGCUCGAUUAUGUAUUAUCUUCUUUUUUUUCUUCGUUUUAAAUGCCAAAUAUGUAUGCAUAAUUCGUAACAGUUAUCAUGUUCAACGAAUAUAUGUAUAUAUGUUUCAUCCCUACAAUGUUAACAGAUUAUAGUACUUUAUUUUGCUGUUUUUCUUUUCCGUAGAACGUGUUUUCUUUUUUUCAAUUUUUUGCUCUACUAUUACUAUUAAUAUUACUAUUUUUAUUUUGUAAUUUUAGAGUUGUGCGUCUAACCGCGUUCGUUUUCCUUGGUGCUCUUAUGUGUGCGAAUUUUUAAAAAAUGCAGCGCGUUAAUAUGUGCUAUGAACAGACUCGAAAGACGAUCGUUCAAAAGUGACCAGGAUAAUUUGAUGUUCAAAAUUAAGAAAACAGCAUGCGUUGAGAAUCGAUUGAUGUUUCAUAUUUAUACAUAAUAAAGCAAAGGAAAAAAUAAAAAUUGCAAUAUUAUGUAUAAAAGAACAUAGUUCGGCCUUAUAGUUAGAUAGAGAUUGUAUCUUAAAUUGAGCAAAUUCUGUAAUAAUUCAACCUUUCAUUCGUAGCGUAGGUAAUACGAAAAGUUUCUAAAGAUAAAAGAAAAAAUGCUAUCGCGCCAAAAUUUCUCAAUAAUAAAAAGAAAUGGAUGAUCGCCAUUCGAGGUCUCGAUCACGACAGAACCGAAUAUGCUUUCGCGUGGAAGAUCGACGAAAUUCGAUCAACCGCCUGAAAUAAAACAAAAAAAAGAAGAAAGAAAGAAACACCACGGUGAAAACGAUCGUGAAUAAAAUCAAAGAAAAACCAAAUUUCACCGCCAAAACCGCAAACUAAUAGCAAAAUCCUUUUUUCUGUCCCUGCGCACUAUAAAGGCUCUACACGCGUGUGUAUCAUGCGUAUGUGUGUGUGCGCGUGUAAUGCAAACAACCUAUAUAUGUAUAUAUAUGCAUAUGUGUGUGUGUGUGUAUAUAUAUGUGUACACACACGCACAUAGAUAUAUAUGCAUAUGUAUAUCACGCCUGGGCAUUACGUGUGUUUCUUUCGUGUAUGUGCGUAUAGAGAUACAUGUACAAAUAAUCAAUGUAUAUUUUACGUGCGCUAUAAUCGUUCUUGUUGAACGUGAUCAUCCGCGUCACCCAUCGUUACGUUUAAAAUGCUUGCGUUUAUAGAAAAAAUAGUUCUACAUAUUUUUUUUUCUUUGUUUUCCGUUUAAUUUUUGUUUCAAUAUCUAUAUUUAUAUAUUAUAUAUAUACAUACAUAUACAUAUAUAUAUAUAUAAAUAUAUAUAUGUAUAUAUGCAUAUAUAUAUAUAUAUAUAUAUUUUUGUUCUUUCUCUGUUUUCUUUUUCUUUCGCUGUAUCUUCUUAUUGUUAGCGCAUCAAUGGUAUUUUCCGACUAUCAUGAUCGAUCGACGUAAUAAGGGAAAAGUAAAUACCGUCGAUCUUAAACAUGUUCUUUUUUUUCUUUUCCCAUUUAUCCUUUUCUUGUGGUAUACCGGAGAUCAGCAUGUGGCGUAUGUUGAAGUAAUAAUACAUUGUAUUUAUUUUGUUGGUUUAAUUUUAUUCUUUGCUUUUAUUGCCGUCCAUCAUACCAAUUCCUCGAACUCCCAUCUACUUGUCAGUCGUCGUUUCCAAAACACUUCUCAGUUCUAUCUCUCUAUAAAAGAAUUUACGAUAAAGUUACAUUACAAAAAUUACAUUCGAAUAGACCGUCGACUUGAUUAGCAACGAUACCGUCGAUACAAUUUUGCAACAUGUUUGACUCUUAGACAUUAUGUUGCACUUGUUAAAAAAAUACUACAACGAGUGAAAUUAGUGAUCACAUUUCGGCUGAACGCAUUUCCUACCAAGUUUUACAUUAAUCGUUAUCAUUAUCCCCCUUCGUUGUAUGAACUGAAUGUUCAAGUGUAAGUACUUGAUUAUGCAAAUAAGUGAUGUUGAAUAAUAUACUAAAA